AGAUUAGAAUAUGAAGUAAAGUUUUUAUAAUGUUCAAUAAUAAUCAAACAAAGAAAAAAAAGGCGCUUGCUCUUAGAUUCUUCCAUUGAUUAGACCGACAAUUGCAAUAAAAACGAGGCAAUGGCGGAUUCGUCAGCACCAUUGUUGUCUCAGGGCGAUGAAGAAAGCGACAAAAUCAAACCAGAAGAAGUUUCUGGUUUCACAUUCGACAAGGUCAUGGAACAGAGCUUGUCUAGCUUCGGCUUUUCUCAGUUCGUGCAAACUUUCCUCGUCGGGUUCGCUUCCUUCUUCGAUUCUCAACAGAUAUUUAUCACCGUCUUCGCUGAUGCGUAUCCCACGUGGCACUGUGUCGACCGUACGAUCUGCAAUCCGGUAGAUUCGGACAUCUGCCAGCUUCCCCGUUCAGCCUGGGACUGGGACGACGUCGGAUCGAAGGGGAAAUCGAUCAUUUCGAGCUUCGGUCUCGAGUGUUCGAGCUCCUUACUCAGAGAUCUCCCCACUUCGGCUUUCUACGUGGGCUGCGUUGUGGGAGGGUUUCUUCUGGCUAUGAUUCCAGAUACUUUCUUGGGACGCAAGAAACUGCUCUUCUUCUCGACUUUGGCAACUUCCCUGACCGGAAUCGCCAUUUCGUUAUCGCCCAACGUAUGGAUUUACUCUUUGUUGAAGUUUAUGAUCGGAUUCGCAAGAUCUCUGCUCGGUACAUACGUCGUCGUUCUCAUCACUGAGCGAGUUGGGACGAGAUGGAGGCCUCGAGCCGGUAUGAUCCCCUUUACCCUUUUCGUGUUGGGGUUUAUGUCAUUGUCCGGUAUCGCUUACAUAGCUCGGAACUUUUCAUGGAGAGUGCUUUAUCUCUGCACGUCGAUUCCUGCGGCCAUCUACUCUAUUCUCCUUUACCUGUUCGCCUUUGAGUCGCCCCGCUGGCUCAGUAUGGUAGGAAGGAACGAAGAAGCGAAAAACGUCCUCGAAAAGAUCUCGAAAACGAACAAAGCCACCUUAGUAUCGCUCUUUGCUCUGUUACCCCUAACGCAAGAAAGCAAAGAUCGAGGGAGAAAGUACUCGAUCAAGGACUUGUUCAUCAGGAAAUGGGCUCUGAGGCGAAUUUCAACAGUUAUGGUCAUAGCUUUCGGGAUAGGAAUGUCGUAUUACGGCGUGCCUUUAGCCGUUAGGGGCGUAAACGUGAAUAUAUACGUAGGCGAAGCCCUAAACGCGUUGGUGGAAUUGCCCUCUUUCGUCCUCACGCCGUUCUUGCUGGAGAAAUUUAACAGAAGAAGCUCUUUGCUGACGUGUAACCUAAUAGGGGGAAUAACGGGAAUUUCGUGUUUCGUCUUGAGCGUUUUGGGGAAAGGAAAGUUAGGGUUCGUGCUCGAGCUGGCUUGUUUCUUCUGCUCGAGGAUGGGUUUCAACCUAAUGAUGGUUUACGUGGUGGAAAUGUUCCCGACGUGCGUGAGGAACUCCGCAACAACGAUGGCGAGACAGGCGCUUGUGGUCGGAGGAAUAUGCAGUCCGAUGAUUUCUUCGAUCGGACUGAACGUUCCUUUGCUUCCGUUUGCCGUUUUCGGAGCUUCGUUGUUCGUUUUCGGGCUGUUUGGUUUGCUUCUGCCUGAGACCAAAGGUUCGAGUCUCUGCGAUACCAUGGAAGAGCAAGAAGAGAAAGACCGGUUAGGGUUGAAUGCUUCUUGUCGUUGUUAACAUCGUUUUCUUCAUCAACGAUCCAUUUAUUGCCAUUUCUAAGUGUAAGAACCAAAUGAGAUUUAUAAUAAGAUAUGUUUUCUGUGAAAUGUUAAAACCAUAAUAACAUUCAAGGUAGUAUUUUGGCUUC